AUGCCAGCUUCUCAAGCCUUUGCAGAGAGAAUAUUCAGUGUCACAGAAUGUGAGAAAAGCUUAAGAUGGAAGUCUAAUCUACUAGAACACCACAAAAUUCACACAGGUGAGAAACCACAUACAUGUACUGAGUGCGGCAAAUGUUUUACACAAAUGGAUCAUCUGGAAACUCAUGAAAAGAUUCACACAGGAGAAAAGCCUUUCAUAUGUACAGAGUGCGGAAAAUGUUUUACACAAACGAGUCAUCUGAAAACUCAUGAACGGAUUCACACAGGGGAAAAGCCUUUCACAUGUACAGAGUGUGGAAAAAGUUUUACACAAACGAGUCAUCUGAAAACUCAUGAACGGAUUCACACAGGGGAAAAGCCUUUUACAUGUACAGAGUGUGGGAAAUGUUUUACAGCAAUGAGUAGUCUGAAAUAUCAUGAAAGGAUUCACACAGGGGAAAAUCCUUUUACAUGUACAGAGUGUGGGAAAUGUUUUAAAGCAAUGAGUAGUCUGAAAUAUCAUGAAAGGAUUCACACAGGAGAAAAGCCUUUCACAUGUACAGAGUGUGGGAAAAGUUUUACACAAAAGAGUGAACUGAAAACUCAUGAAAGGAGUCACACAGGGGAAAAACCUUUCACAUGUGCAGAGUGUGGGAAAAGUUUUACACAAAAGAGACAGUUGAAAAGUCAUGAAAGGAUUCACACAGGGGAAAAGCCGUUCACAUGUACAGAGUGUGGGAAAUGUUUUACACAAAUAAGUAAUCUGAAAACUCAUGAAAGG